AUGGGCCAGACAGCGAAAGGAAUCCCUGAGCUUAUACGCUACCUCAAGAGAUUUGGAUACCUAAACAAGGAAUACAGUCCGGAUGAUAACAACCAAGAAUUAUAUGAUGAGGUUUUGGAGUCUGCAGUAAAACUCUAUCAGACAUUUUUCAAAUUGAAUGUUACUGGGAAGCUUGAUUCUGAGACCAUUGAAGUAAUGGCAAAGGUAAGGUGUGGAGUACCAGAUAAUCCUGUCCAAGUACUUUCCAAGAAGAAGCAGGAGGCCAUCCAUGGCAAACAAAAACACAAGUACUUGAUCAAUAUAGGUGCUGACUACGCAUUUUUUCCGGGAAGUCCAAAAUGGGGAUAUUUUGAGCUUACUUACAGAAUCGAAUCUAGUGCGGAACCAGUAGGCGGUUUCACGGUAGAAGAGUUCGAAGAUGCUCUAGGACGAGCAGCAAUAGAAUGGUCGGACAAUUCCAUGUUCACAAUUGAAGAGGCUGCAGGUGGCGUUGAACCUUCCAUAAGGACAGGGUUCCAUAGAGGUGAUCAUGGUGAUGGUUUUGUGUUCACAAAUCCAACUUUAGCUCAUGCUUUUGCACCAAGUGAUGGAAGGAUGCAUUUUAAUGCCGACAAGCAUUGGAGCAUCAACGACACACUCACCAGAGAUCAAUUUGACAUAGUGUGGACAGCUAUUCAUGAAUUAGGACAUGUCCUUGGACUUGAUCAUAGUGUAGAUCCAAAUGCUGUCAUGUUUCCAACUGUAGAUCCUGGAACGACUAAAAGGAAUUUGGGAGGAGAUGAUAUUCAAGUUUUACUCAAUAUGAGUUCGAACGCGCAAUCUUUCGAAGAGGUUCUGACUAGUUUGCAGGGAAUGAGCAAGGGGCAAACAGCCCAAGGCCUCCAUGAGGUCAGACAGUAUUUGUAUAGGUUUGGAUACCUAAACGAAAAGGAUAUUACAAGUCUAAACGACAGCAACAAGGAUUAUUUUGAUGACGUUUUGGAGUCUGCACUCAAACGUUACCAAAAAUAUUUCGGACUGAAUAUCUCUGGGAAUCUGGAUUCUGCUACCAUCAAAUUAAUGGCGAAACCUCGAUGUGGAGUUCCUGAUGUUAUGGAGUCUGAUGCUGGAAAAUGUUAUCUCAGUGGAAAGUUUGUUAAUUAG